UCUGUCAUAAGCGCAUAUGUUAUUGUUUUGAAAGUUUUGUGUUGUGUCCUGUGCCACUUUUACAUUUCUUUAAUAUUUAAUCAUUUAGGCUUAUUCUAAUAAUAAUUGCUUACAGUAUAACGUUGGUUAUUUCACUAUGAAUCAAGGCAAAAAUCUUCCUGAAAGAACCCUAGGAGAUGGAAUGGAAAAGAAACCCCUGGAAACCAUUGACAAUAAGUUACACCUCCUCAAAAACCUUACCCAACACUCCAAAGAAAUCACAUUUAAACAGAUGCUGUUGUCAAUGAAGCCGGUUGAACCAGGAGCGGAAGUGGUUAAUCUUGUGCCAAAGUACCUACUUCAAGACAAAAAGGUGUCCAAUAUUGUUGUUUUGAAACCGAAAGAGCCAAAGUUCAUCCCUUAUGAGCCCUACAAGGGUGCAGUCCAACGUAUUAGACCUCAGAAAACUAAGAAAAAAAUGCAUGUUGUAAAGACACAUGCUGUUCCAGAAGUUGCAGUUGAAACUAAAAAAUCCAAAAAUAAUGUGGAAAUUCAAGAACUGGUAAAACAAAUAUCUGACAUAAAAGCCUCAGAACUGACAAAAAUGAAAAUAUCCGCACUAAAAGAAGAUGCAGUGAUGCCCAGGGAACAAUGGGAAAAAGAGAAAAAGGAGUAUGAGACAGACAUUAAGAACUUUAAAGAAACAAUAGCGCAUUUGGAAAACCAGGUUAAGUUUCAAAUUCAAGUCAAUAAUGAGCUUAAAACCCUUCUAGUCGCCGCUGUGGGUGAAGAUCUCGAAAGUCGUGUGCAGCAUUUAACUGAAGACAAACUCUCUUUGGCGAGAGCGUUAUUAAACUCGGCGAACCAUUUAACAUCACACCAAGAGCAAACUGAGUGGUUAAGCGGCCAGUGUGAGGUUUGGAGAAGCAAAUUUCUUGCAUCUAGUUUAAUGGUAGAAGAGUUGGCUACUUGGAAAUCGACCCUCACCAAACGAACCCACAGCUUACAAGAUAUAAUAAAAUCGAUGCUUAACGAACAUACUGUUUUGCGAAAACAAAUGUUUGAAACAUUUAAGAAUUUAAACCAAAUAUCUGCGAAUAAAAGAUCAAAUUUAAAAUCUGGGGAUCUGAUGGAAUUGGGAAGGACAAAUCUGGAUCUUUCGGUGGAGUUAAGGAGUGAAUAUAGUAAAUCUCUGGAUGCUGCUGAUAUGGAACAUGCUUAUGUUAGUAAUCAAACGCCUGCUGAAAAGUUAGCGUUAAAGGUCCUUCAAAACCCAUUGACCAUCACAUCGUCGCAAGACCUUUUAUGCAACGUAUUAGUGGGGGCCGCCCAUUCGAUAAGCGGCGACCAGAAGUACUUGCAAAGUACCUCUUUGCAUCCUUGCUGCCAUCACUGUACUGGAGAAGUGCAGAAUAUUUGACGUAAAACGUGUACAUAUUAAAUAUUUUAAGCGUUAUUAAAAAAAAACUCAAUGUAAAUUUAGAAAAAAAGGAGCCUUAAAAUAUACUUUUAAUUUUAGAAUAAGUGUAUGACUAUACAGGGUGUCCCAAAAGUAGAAGUCCAAACGAAAGGAGGCAAUAGAGGAGGUCAGUAGCAAUCAAAAAAACCCCAUAUACUAUUAUUCGAUUGUUGAUGGUUUAAAAGUUAUUACCGUUUUUCUGUUUUUUAUAAAAAUAGUGUCAUGAAUUCUGUAAAGAACUCAUAGAAAGAAUAUUCUCACGUAUUUGCGUGGUAUUUGUUAUGAAUGUUGCCUUAAAUAGUAUACUUUUUCAUAAGUAAUAAUUGCAUGAAAACAAUUGCUUCUGUCACUACUUAGAAAAUGAUAAUUUCCCAAUGUGUUUAAGUUUUACAUACACAUUUUUGCGUUUGAAUUGAUGCUGCUACAAAGCACGUGUUCGACCAAAAAUAAACAGCUAUCAGAAAAAGUUGCUUUAUUUAUGCAGAUUCUUUACGGUCAAAUAUUUAUGACAAGAAAACUAAAUAUUCUUUUUCAAAUAAUUUUUAAGAUCAACAUACCAUUUCCCUGUCGCGAAUGUAGUUAGUUUCUUUUUGGUUUUUCAACAAAUUAGGCUUUAUUUCUUAUACUUAGACUGUUUGCUGUUUCUAUUUUCGGAGUUUUUCGUGUUUUAACUCCCUUGCUACUAAUUACAAGUAAACCUUCACAAAUGGCUUAUAGUUCCCACGAAUAUGCAGAAAUGCACUAUGUUUAUGGGCUUUAUGAUGAGUAUCCUGACCAUAGAGUUUUCAUAAAUGUGCAUCAGAGUUACUUGGAAGGCAUCAUUCCUGGUCAGCCACGGAGAGUAGGAAGACCUAGAAAUGAUAACGAUGAAGAUGAUAAUGUGGAAUUUGCAACAGAGAAUCCAACAAGUGUUCGUCGCAUAGCAAGACGUUCGGGACUUCCCAAAUCCACAGUUCAUCGAGUCUUACAAAGAAAUCUGUUAUAUCCUUAUCAUGUGCAACGUGUUCAAGCACUUCUGCCCACUGAUUAUGAAAAAAGGAUUCAGUUUUGUCGGGAAAUGCUGCAGCGUAAUAGAGAAGACUGUAAUUUUUUUUAAAAACAUUUUGUGGAGUGACGAAAGCAGUUUUAAAAGAACAGGGAUUGUUAAUAUACACAAUUUGCAUUAUUGGGACUAUGUUAAUCCUAAUAUAGUGAGAAAUGAUCGUUUUCAGCAUCAGUUUUCAGUCAAUCUAUGGGCAGGGAUCAUUGAAGGCAAAUUAAUUGGACCAUUCGAGCUACCAGGAAGACUUAACGGCGAAAAUUAUUUACAUUUCUUGCAACAUAACUUAAACGAUUUACUUGAAGAAGUAUCUGUAGCAACACGGCGAGACAUGUGGCUGCAACACGACGGAGCUCCUGCUCACUCUGCCCGAAUCGUAAAGCAACAUCUUGAUACUACUUUUAAUAAUCGAUGGAUUGGAAGGGGAGGAAUCAUCCAAUGGCCGCCGCGUUCGCCUGACCUGAACCCCUUAGACUUUUUUUAUGGGGAUAUUUCAAAGAACUUGUUUUUAUCAAUGAAAGCCAAACUGAAGUAGAACUGCGAAGAAAAAUAAGACAAGCGGCCAACGUUAUUACCAAUAAUGACAGAGCCUUUCGGCGCAUAAAAAGUAAUUUCAUCCGCCGUUGCCGAAUGUGUAUUAGGGCAGGUGUUUCGCAUUUUGAACAUUUAUUGUGAUGUUUAAUAGCAAUAAAUUCUUUUUUUUCAUUAUUUAGAAUUAGAUUAUUUAGUAUUACAAUAUUUUGAUUUUUGUCCAAAAACGAUUAGUUUAAUAAAAAAGUCAAUCAAAAAAGACUCGUAUCACUUAUCUGAAAGUAGUUCACCAUAUGAGAAUCUUCAUUAAAUAAGCUUUCCUGAUAAUUUUUAAAUAAAAAUUAAACAUAUUGAGAAAUUAUUUUUUUCUUACUAGUGAAAGAAACAAUUAUGCAUCCAAAUCAUAUUUAUGAAAGGGUGCACCCCUUAGGGUCACACUCGCACUAAAUACUAAGUAAAUAAAUUAUGAUAUUUUUUUAAUAAAUUUUGUGCAUGAUGCAUGAAGCGAUUUUUACAAAAAUGAGAAAAAUGGAAAUAACUUUUAAACCAUUAACAAUCGGAUAAUAGUAUAUAGGGUUUUUUUGAUUGCAUCUUGAUCUUUUCUUGCUCAUUGAUCUCCUCUAUCACCUCCCCUCGUUUGGACGUCUACUUUUGGGACAACCUGUAUAUAUUUUUUUCGUAUUUUUGGGAAGGAGUUGGAGUGGGAAUUAAAUUUUGUGUUUGUUCAAAUUUUGGAAUUUUUUGUAAAUACCACUAAUCUUCACUAAUCAAUCACUAACUUUGACUUUUUUAUGUUUCGAAGUUUGGAGUCCUGAAAAUGGCUUUAUAAAAAGUCAGAAUGUCGACGUUUGAACAAAAUCGCUUUUCUUGUUAUUUGAACCCCACAACAAUUCCUUCUCUCAAAUUACCAUUGUUGUCUGGGUGUAGUAAGUUUCCAUUGGUGAUCUAACUUAUUUUAAGUCAACUAUUUAUUAUGUUAAUUAGGAUAAUCUAUAUUAUGGGGUUAACUAAUAAGUAAUUUUUGAAAUUAUUAUAACCGAAUACAGGGUGUUUCCAAGCUGAUUGUUUCAUAGACAUAAAAUAUCGAUAUUUUCUUCGAUGGCGAAAGGUCCGAAAAUGUGUCUAAUAAAAUGUAACAAGGAACGGCGUAUAUCAGCUUUUGCUUAAUAAUUUAAAUAAUUUUAGGCAUUUUCCUUGUGCAUCGGUAACAAAUGAAAUUUUGGCCACUCUGUAAACGCUUCUUUGAAACACUCUGCAUAAAUAACAUUUUAAAAUGCCAUAACUUCAAUCUGCAAUAAAAGCAAUAAAUAAUUACUAAGUUAAUAA